AUGUGCCCGCGUCGUCAGGAAGUCCUCAACGAACCAGGCCAAGUCAUCCCUCUCCGCUACCUCGAAAAGCGCCGCGAAAGGAUGCGCCUCAAGGUCAAAGCCAAAACCUUUCUCAACCAAAACCCCGGCUUGUUCGAUGUCUACUGUGACCGCAUCAAACCCAAAACCGAACCGGUCCGGUUCAUCCUCCCCACCGACCGCCUUCGCCGCUUUCUCCAGGAAGAGCAAGGGAUUUUAUCUGAGAAGGAACCCUUCAUUGUCUCAAAGUUGUGGAAUGAUUG